AUGUCACAUACGAUGAAAGUCUGGGAAAGAAUAAUAGAGAGAAGAAUGAGAGAAGAGUGUGAGAUAACACAAAACCAGUUCGGAUUCAUGCCCGGUCGAGGUACGACAGAUGCCAUUUUCGCAUUACGCCAAUUGUGCGAAAAGUACAAGCGCGUGCAUAAAGAUCUGCACAUGGUUUUUGUCGACCUUGAAAAGGCGUACGAUCGGGUUCCCCGUGAGGUCUUGUGGUGGGCGUUGAAGAUGAAAGGUAUGCCUGGGAAGUAUGUGAGGUUGGUCCGUGCUAUGUACAGAGCAUCCCGUACAUGUGUACGAUCUGCCGCGGGAACUACGGGCAGUAUACGUGUGGCGGUAGGGCUGCACCAAGGGUCGGCACUGAGCCCUUACCUCUUCCUACUGAUUAUGGACGCUUUGACGUCGGAUCUGCAGGAUGAGGCACCCUGGUGCAUACUCUUUGCCGAUGACAUCGUGCUUGUCGGGGAAGAAGGCAUCGAGGUACAGAGCAGACUGACGGGGUGGCAACGGAGGCUGGAAAGUGUUGGCUUGAAGAUCAGCAGAUCCAAAACCGAAUAUCUGUGCUGUGAUUUCGGCGGUCUUUCCAGUCCUGUACCCAUGUCGUUGGAUGGCGCUAUACUGCCUAUCUGCUCAGAUGUCAAGUACCUCGGUUCCCUCAUUCAAGGCGACGGCGGAAUAGAUAGAGCUGUGCAGCAUAGGAUUAACGCAGGGUGGAUGAAAUGGCGACAGGUCACAGCCACAACUUGCGAUCCCCGAAUGCCAAUAAGGCUGAAGGGGAAAAUUUACAAAUCGAUCAUCCGACCUGUCGUCAUGUAUGGAAGUGAAUGCUGGGCCGUCAAGAAGAAGGAUGAAAAUAGACUGCAUGCGAAUGAAAUGAGAAUGUUACGAUGGAUGUGUGGUGUGACAAGGAUGGAUAAGAUAAGGAAUGAGUAUAUAAGAGGAAGCCUGAAAGUAGCGCCAGUGGUAGAAAAGGUGAGAGGAAGCAGAUUGGCAUGGUUUGGGCAUGUGAUGCGGAGGAAUGAAAGUCAUGUCACAAAACGAGUGUUGAAUAUGAAUGUGGAGGGACACACGGGCAGAGGAAGGCCGAAUAAAAGAUGGAUCGAUUGUGUGAAGAGUGAUAUGAGAAUGAAAGGAGUAAGUAUGGAAAUGACGGCUGAUAGAGAGGAAUGGAACAAAAAGAUUUACUGCGCCGACCCCAGAUAA